GUCUGACAAAAUACACACCAAAGCAUAUAAUAAAAAGAAGUGGCGCGUCGACGUCUCAACGUGAUAGCAUCCCAGAUUUCAUUUCUUAAUUUCCUUUUUUUUCAAUCUUUAAUUUAAUUUAUUCAAUUUUCUUCAAACCUUAAAUCUUUCUUCUUAUCUUUAAUUUUUAUCACAAUUAUAACCCAAAUCUCUUUUUAUUCAUUUCUAAAUCACAAUUAAUUAUUUUCUGAUUUCAUUUUCACGAUUUAUUUCCAUCUAUACCCAAUUAUAAUAUAUAUUCUUACCAUUUUUAUUUAUUCUGUAAUAAUAUUAUAAAUAUUAAUAUUAAUAUAAACAAAAUUUAUAGAGAAAAAUGGGUUCUUCUGAAGAAGGUGUAAAUUCAGAUCUGUCCAUGAUUUUGCCGAGGGUUCUUAUCGUUUCUCGCCGCACCGUCAGGAAGAACAAGUUUGUCGACUUUGUCGGGGAGUAUCAUCUAGACCUAAUAGUAAGCUAUGGAGCAGUGCCUGUAAUUGUACCAAGAGUAAGUGGUGUUUCCAUGUUACUUGAAAGCUUUGAACCAAUCCAUGGAGUUCUCCUAUGUGAAGGUGAAGACAUAGACCCUUCCCUCUACGACUCCGAACUCUCAACCUUCACUCCCGAAGAACUUGAAGAGAUAAGACGAGCACACACAAGCGACACAACCAUCGAUCGAGAAAAAGACUCAAUCGAACUCGCCCUUGCAAAGCUUUGUCUAGAAAGAAACAUACCCUACUUAGGAAUAUGUAGGGGAUCCCAAGUCCUAAAUGUAGCUUGUGGGGGUACCCUUUACCAAGAUGUUGAAAAAGAACUUUCUAGAAAAAUCCUAGAAUCCCAAAGAGUAAAACAUAUAGAUUAUGAUGAUUAUGAUGGGCAUAGACAUGGGGUUAAGGUAGUGGAAAAUACACCUUUACAUGAUUGGUUUAAGGAAUCAUUGGAUGAGAAUAGUAUGGAGAUUUUGGUUAAUAGUUAUCAUCAUCAAGGGGUUAAAAAAUUGGCACAAAGAUUUGUUCCUAUGGCUUUUGCUCAUGAUGGUUUGAUUGAAGGGUUUUAUGAUCCUGAUGCUUAUAACCCAGAAGAAGGGAAGUUUAUUAUGGGAUUGCAAUUUCAUCCUGAGCGUAUGAGACAUCCUUCCACUGAUGAAUUUGAUUACCCUGGUUGCCCUUUUGCUUACAAGGAAUUUGUGAAGGCAGUAAUAGCAUAUCAGAAGAAGUUGAACAGUGAAGCAAACAUAGCAAAAGGUCCAAAGCUAAACAAAGAACAGGAAAACAAGAGAAGAAUGAUUGUUCGAAGCUUUUCCAUUGCAAAGGACAUGUAUAUAGCUGGAUCUGCACGCACCCAGGCUUCUGUUCAACAAUCUGAACUUGAACCUGGUGCUGUUUUCCUGCAGGAAAAUACAGCUUACAGUGUACUGAGUAUACAGCAAGAGAAGAGGCUGAAGCAGAUGGGAGCAACAGUGAGAAAUGGAUAUAAUUAUAAGAAGUUAAAAUUAAAGGAUGAAAGGGAGAAAGUAGGAAGAUCAAUUAUUGGUAAUAUGUCAGUUGAACAAUUGUCUGAUAUGAUGUCUUUUUACCUGAUGAUGGCGCAAUUCUGUUCUCAGCUUUUAGAGGAUAAGCUACAAAUCAUAAAUCUUGACUUUGCUACUGAAACUGAUAUGUCCUGACUUGUUACAGAAUAUGUUAUUUUAUGUUGUAAUGGCUCUUACGAUGUCUUUGCAUAACUAAGUUAUAUAUAAAUUUAUUUUU